AUGGCGACGGCAGAGUACAUCGGGGCGCUGAUCUCGCUCAUCAGCAAGUCGGACAUCCGGUACCAGGGGUUGCUGGCGUCGAUCAAUCCGGAGCAGGCGACGAUCGCGCUGGAAAAGGUGCGGUCUUGGGGCACCGAGGGCCGCGUGGCGGCGCAGGGGCGUGCGCAGGAAGAGAUCCCGCCCAGCGACCACGUGUACGAAUACAUCAUGUUCCGCGCAGCGGACGUCAAGGACCUCAAGAUCGACGACGCCAACCCACCCAAGCCGCCAGCACCAGCUCAGCCGGCACUCAACGACCCCGCCAUCCUCAAUUCUUCAGCGCCGCAGUCGGGACCUGGCUAUGGUGCGCCCGCAGGCAUGUACGGAGGCAUGAUGCCGGCUGCACCGUACGGAGCUGCUGCUCCCGGAGCGGCGUUCAACGGCUCCGCACCUGCACAGCGAUCGCCGCAGCCACCGCAAGCAGCAGCCACGUCAGCAGCCGCGUCUUUGUCCGCAUCCGCAUCCGCAUCCGCAUCGCAGCCGGCGUCUGGCGCAGGCAAGGCGGCACGCGCAUCGCCCGCAGCCGAAGCCGCACCAAAGUCGAGCGCGGACGCGGUGCUGGAGGAAAUGUCGAAGCUGAGCGUGUCGAAGCCCGCAACUUUAUCUUCUCCCUCGUCCUUGCCGGCUGCGCAUGGGUUGCCUGCGAUCCCACGCGCGGCGGCGGCAGCGGCUGCAGCAGCUGCGCAAUCCGAACGUCGCAACGGGUCGAGCAGUGCACCACGCGGUGGGCAGCGCGAGCGCGUGGGCGGACCGAGCAUGCCCAACCGCGAGUUCGACUUUGAGUCGGCCAAUGCCAAGUUCCAGAAGCACGGCGCGGACGGCGCGGACGAGGCGACGGGCGGACUGCUGGAUGCCAUCCCACCGCCCGCGUCGGACUCGGAGACGUUCUACGACAAGUCGGGCUUCUUUGACAAUAUCUCGUCCGAGAUCAAGGAGCGCUACGAGCGCAACCCUAACCCCAAUGGCGGUGGUGGUUGGGGAGAGGCUGGAGAGGGCGCGUCGUUCUUCGAUGCACCGGCGGGAGGACGUGGACGCGGUGGCAGGGGUGGGGGACGCGGAAGGGGGAGGGCGAAUAGGAUGGCCGAGGAGAUGAAGAACAUGCAGACGUUCGGCGACACGGGUGCGUCGUUUGGCGGAAGUGGCGGACGGGGCCGAGGCCGUGGACGCGGAAGGGGUCGAGGCAGGGGCCGAGCCAAUGACGGAUACAAUACGGCCCCCAUGCGCAUGGGAUGA